UUUUAACGAAACCGAAAAAGGAGCUAGUUCACCGCGGAGUCCUCUCCGGCGGGGGAGAGAGUGUCAAAAUGUAGUCGGGGUGAAGUUUGCCGGAGGUUACUCGUUGUCUAAUGGACCGUGUGGUUGACGUUUUCGCCUGGACGGGAACAAAGUAAAGGAAAUCAAGCAGAAGUGGACUGUAGAGCUGUGUGAAACCACUUAUCCAACGACUAGUCUGAACCAGUGGAUUUCAUCUGAUGGAAGAUACGUCAUCUAGAAUACCAUACCAACAAUUCAUCAAGGAUAAAGACUAGGCCUGCAAAUCAUUUUAUUGGAGUAAAGUCUGAAGGCUAAAGGGAAGGGAAGCAUUUGCUCUGGUGUAUAAGAAGUGAUAGCUGUGGAUUAGUGCUGGCUCUGAGACUCAAGCUGAAAAGACCAGGACCUUCCUGCAGUCAUCAGUUAUGGAGACCUUGAGAGGCAUUACACCUGAAACCUAACUUGAUGAUCAAGUGGCUGAAUUACUGAAGGUCAUCAACAGUCAUCCCUUAUUCUGUUGGAGUUCUAUUUCUGGAGUGAUUGCUUUACCUUUGUUAUUUUGAACACCCCACUUUCUUAUGCGGUGAAAGGAGGUGAAAGAUGUAUAUAGAUGGCUGGCUGCUAAAAAGUCAACAAGUAUGAAUAAAACAUCAAGAGAGACUGAAGGCUAUUUUUCUGCAGUUUACUGCAGUUGAAUCCUUCCACCCACAAACUUCAACUCCCAACACCCCCCCACCAACCCCUGUUUUCAGAGAGGAGAAAAAGACGCUCUGGCAAACUGACAGCAGCCACCACUCUAGAGACUCAGUUUGCCCUGUUUGUUUAUUGCCUGUUGUUUUGUUUGCCUUGUUUUUGCACUCCUCUCUCCCUGCGCCCCUGUGAUGCUCCGUCGCCUCUGUGCCCGCGUGGAGCCAUGCCCAUACCCGAGAUGGCUCUGAGCCCUGUGAAAUCUUUGCACUGGGAGGCGUUCCCCCCAAUGGCCGUAGGCAGCGUGUACUGCACGGCCGCGCUCUGGGCUGGACGUCUCUACGUGCUGGGGGGCUGCAGUGAGAACGGCCUGCCACUUGACUCGGCUGAAGUCCUGGAUCUAGAAUCCCAAACCUGGUGCCAGCUGCCCCCGCUGCCCACAGCGCGGGCCGGGGCCUCAGCCGUGGCCCUGGGGGACCAGCUGGUGGUGAUGGGGGGCAUGGAUGCACAGCAGAGUCCUCUGGCGUCAGUGGAAGUCUACCACCCUGAUGAGGGCAAGUGGGAGAGGAAAGCAGGACUGGGCCAGGCAUCCAUGGGCAUAACCUCGCUGGAGAUAGAUGGAAAGGUGUAUGCGCUGGGCGGUAUGGGAUCAGACACCAGCCCACAGGCUUUUGUGAGGGUCUAUGAGCCGGUGAAGGACCAGUGGUUGUCUCUGGCCUCUAUGCCCACGCCUCGCUAUGGAGCUUCCUCCUUCCUGCGCGGAAACAAGAUCUAUGUUCUUGGUGGGCGACAGGGCAAGCUGCCGGUGACGGCAUUCGAGGCCUUUGACCUGGAGAUGAAGAGCUGGACUCGGUACCCGUGCAUUCCCAGCCGCAGGGCAUUUUCCAGCUGUGCGGCCAAUGAGCGAGCUUUCUUCAGCCUGGGGGGCCUACAGCAGCCCGGACCACACAACUUCUACUCCAGACCACACUUUGUCUCCACAGUGGAGGAAUACGACUCUGAACAGGGUGUUUGGCUGAAGCCCACAAGGAGCUCUCGGAUGAGGGAGAAAAGGGCAGACUUUGUUGCUGGCUGUCUCGGUGGAAGGGUGAUUGUUGCCGGAGGGCUGGGUAACCAGCCUUCACCACUGGGAUCAGUAGAGAGUUAUAAUCAUGUGAAGAGGAGAUGGGAGGCUGUGGCUCCACUCCCUAGCCCACGAUGUUCUUGUACCUCCCUGCAGACCUCCAACAUGCUGUUUGUCAUCGGAGGGGUAUCCCAGGGACCCAGUACCGCGGUGGAGGCCCUCUGUCUGCGAGAAAGUGUCUGACAGACACACGAACGCGUGCGCACCUAUAAACAGACACAAAUGCACCCAGUGCUGGACUCUCCUGGGACACAGACCAAACCGCAGAGUUCUCCCCCAAUUGCCUGGCUGCUGGACUCAGACACAGGCUCUAGUGUUUCAAGUCUGUCCUUUCAACAAGGGGGACCUACAGGAGUCUAGACAGCAGCACACAUAUCUGGAUGGAUAGACUGUGUUGAUGCUGGAGGUCUUAGACAAACUAGCAAAAAAAAAAUCUCCACACAAACCUACACAGACAGAGGUUCAGUGGUGCAGACGCCUUUGAUCUGUACAGUGUCUUUUCAGAAUCAAAGCAGGGUACUUUUCUGGCUAAACUCAAAAGGAACUUAGGGCCAUAUCCACCACGCUGCCGCAGAGUUUGCCUGCAGUAGCACGUUUAGCACUUUUUCUAUUACCUUAAAGGAAAAGGAGAGAUGAUGUGUGAGGAUUUUUUUUGCAGGAGUGGAGGCGUAUGCCUGUGUGUUUUUGUACCUUCACAGCCAUGCAUGUGUGAAAUUCAGCACUGUUAUUCUUAGAGCAGCGAAGAGCACUCCGCUAAUGGUUAAUAACCGAUGCCUGCGCUGUAGCAUGGGGUUCGGAUUAGGGCGAGUGAUGGAGAUGGGUCGUGUCAAAAUUAGUCAGCAAGUGUGCGACCAAGCUCAGUCCAAGCGAUUACUGAGAAGUGUCAGAGCCCCACAUAAUGCAUUUAUGACUUCAAAGUUACCAUAUAUAAAACAACCAUUAUACCGUCCAAAUGAGCAGUUGGCAUGACAACUGAUGGUUGGUUUCAGUGAGCUGAUUGGAAGGAACUUGUUUGAAGCAGUUUGCUGAAAGCCUACAACUAGUGCAGCAGUUAGCCAGCCGCACAGUGUUGCUGUCGUGCCAUGUCUGUCCACACACUGAAAAAUUGAGAACCAUUUUCAAAGGCGCCAUUGACAGCAGGACUGGUGACUGCUGCCAAGGGGAUGCUACCUGGAGUUCAGAACAGAACAAAAUCCCGUUAGGUAAUCUUCACACGCACGGUUUUCACGUCCCCCUGCACGCCUACACACAUGCACACACAUAACAUGCUUUACUGGCACUCUGCGGUUGCCCAGUGUCUCCGCCAUAGAUAAUAUGGCCAUGGUUUGAGGUCAGAGUUUUCAUCAAGGCUCUGCAAUUAGGAGCUACAGUACUGUGCAAAAGUCAGAAACCACCCUUCAUGUAUUUCAUUUCCAGAGUAAACAGCCGUUAGGUACAAAUUAUUGAUUUUUCAACUCCAGAAAAAAAGCAGAAAACAUAACAUUAUACAGCCUCAACAAUUAAAUAUUAUAUCAAAUUUUCCAGUAUUUAGUGUGUCCACCCUUUGCCUAUAUUUUUAUUAUAAAAAAAAAUAUACUGUUGCUGACCUUUGGACAAACAUGCUCGUAGUUACCAAUGGACAUGAAAGAAUGGAGGAAGAAAAAGAAAAGAAAAAGGGCUGUUAAGGACUGUUCCUCAAGGUGACAUAUCAAUAGCUGCUAUAUAUGCCAAAACGUGUUUAUUUUCUAAAUUAAGUUGUACAUCAGAUCAGUGGCACUGUUGUAACCUGGCACAACCAAAAAUCAAUGGAUGGAACCUGGUGAGUUGACCACAAAAGCAAAAUAAAUUUCUUGGCCAAAGACACAAAUAUAAAAACAAUGCUUUGUUUUAUAAUGAAUACAUAUACAGAUUCCAUAUAAACAUUUAAUAUAUGACUUAGCAUCUCGCCAACCUAGGAGUAUGUUAAAGACUACAAAGCUCUCUGAGAGGCGCCGUAGCUCAUGGAAAUCAUGUAUGAAUGGCAAUUACACCAGCAUAUUCUAAUUAUUACUUUUAGCAUCAUCAGACACUUAUUAACUGAUUGGUAACUACUCUGAUAUCACAUUUUCACCAUAAGACCCAAAACAUACUUCAUGCAAGAAGGCAAACACAGACGCUUUGAACUACACAGACUGGGUUUCACGUGUAGUUGCACUGAAAAAUAUCACAACCAAUUUUAUAAUUUAAUUCAAUUUAAUUUAUUUAAUUCAAAGCAAAGAUGGCUUACGUAAACAUAAAGAAUAUGAUACAUUAUCACCUUUCCAUUCCGACAGAAAAGGUAAAGCAGCUCACGCUCCUCUACUUGUCCACGUUUAGCUGUUGAGGCUGUUGGAAUAACAGUACUUCCCUCUCUGAUCUGUCCUCUAUCACCCCCUUCAGUACUGAGUGUUUUAACCACCACAGCAACAUAAGAAUGCUCAGUGAGUUUGUACAGAAGGACCGAGCGUUUGCAAUGUGUUCGCCGAGCGUUGCGUACUUCGUUGAGUAUGCUUCUGGCCUAAAGCGUAAUUGAUGCUUCAUUAAUGAUGGCUGACUAAUGAUAGGUGACUGUCUCACCUUGCGUAACUGGGGUUGCCAGAUGGGCGGCCAUGCUUCAUUCCAGGGUGGCACUGGCCACCCCUAGCCAUCCCUUGGCUUUGCCUCUAUACAGUGAACAAAACCUAUGGCUUUUUCAAAUCUGAAUCACCUUGAUUUUCUCAAAGAUGAAAGCUUUAGGUACUGUUUAUUUGAUGGAGAUGUUUUGGUGGUAUUUUAUGGCUGUGAUGAAGGGUGGUCUCUUGACUUUUGCACAGUACUGAGUUCACAGUUGGAGCACCAGAGGAAUUAGCCUGGUUGUGGGGACGUUUCUGGUAUAUUGUUUUGAUGGAGAGGAGUGGGGUGACACUUAUAGCAUGUUGGUCAUUCUGAUUAAAUCCUGGUCUGCUCUCUGAUGGUCUCAUGGCCUGCCAUUAACAGAAGGCCCAGUGCCUGACUCCAUAAUAAGACACUUUUACAUAUUCAUGCUCUCAUAUUUAGCCUGUCUCCAGGGUGUGCUGCUGUCUCUCAGUCAUCCAUCUGUGUGUUUGUGUGUGUGUGUGUGUGUGUGUUUGUGUAAAGGGUGACUAUCUCUGAUGAAUGCUGUGUGGAUGGCAAAGACAUUCAUUUACCUCCAGCAUGUGAGCGACACAUGCCUUGCCCGCAAACGAGAUGAUCAAAGGAACACGUGCGCAUACGGUCCUGCGCACACACACGUCCGCACACCCACUCACGUUCAACAUGUCUUGUUUGUUUAGAUUUACACCUCCCUAAUGAUACAACUGUGAUACUCCGCUGGCUGCCAGCAGUCUUUUGCAGCAUGUCACAGCAGAAAUGUUAGCUGGUGAUAGAUAGAGGGUUGUGGCUAUGUGCAGCCUUGACAGGCUUGCCUGCUCAGAGACAGCAUAGAAAGAGGGAGAGCUCAUGAGGACAAGGAACGAGUAUUAUUUCCUUUUCUCAAAAAAAAAAACGCCUUAUAUUUGCUGUCCCGCAACGAAAAUAAACACAAGCUUUGCUGUGCUACAAAUGCAAAGCGUGUUUCUAGCAUUGUGUGUGGCUUGAAUAAUGGCUUGUAGAGUUGUAGUUCUUGACAGUUGGUAACAGCCUCCAGGCUUUGCAGGACCAGGCGAUGUGUGAGUAGAUUAGCUGAGAUGAUUCUGAAAACAAUAUACCUCUUUUUCUAUACGUAUUCUGCAACACGACAAGACUUACGAGUGCAACGCGCUACAAUUCGCUAUUCUUAACAUUCAUAAAUCCUGCACUCACAGCUUAGACCCCUAACCCAGGUCAUUUCUUUUAAUCUGCCAACAGAUUAAAUUUCUUUUAAUCUGUUCUUGGAUAAGAAAUUUUAUAGAAUAAGGGCCUGCACAUCCAGAGUAGGAGCAAUAUGAAGUCCUUUCUGAGUUUCAGAUUUUAGAGACCCAGAGAAUUUCACAACCCAUUUAAAUGAAAUAGGCAAUCAGUACAAAUUUUAC